UCCUUUCGUUCAGCCGCCAGUUGGUGUGACGUCACUACCUGUCAUGGCGGCCCCCAUAGCACUCGUCCAAGGGGCCAGCAGGGGACUGGGGCUCCAGUUCUGCAAACACAUCUUAACAAACAGAAGCGCCGCCGCCGUCAUCGCGACGUGUCGCAACCCGGACGAUGCGGCCGAGCUGCGGGCUCUGGCCGAGCGACACCCGGGAAGAAUCACGGUCCUGCGGCUGGACGUGAGCCGGGAGGAGGAGGUGCGCGGAGCGGCGGACCGGGUCAGAGAGAGCUUCGGUCGGCUGGAUCUGGUCGUCAACUCCUCGGCCAUGCUUCACCCCUCCGGGAAGGGAGAGACCAGCCUGAGGGACGUGUCUGCUCAGGGCGUCAUUUCCACCUUGACAACCAACGCGGUGGGUCCCCUGAUUGUGGCCAAGUAUUUUGCCCCCCUCCUCCAGAAGGGUGGCGGUGGCUUCGGUCAGCAGCCCCCAGAGAAAGCGCAGCAGCACAGCGGCAUCCUCGUCAACAUCACGGCCAAAGUGGGGUCCAUCGGAGACAACGGUCUGGGCGGGUGGUACAGCUACAGGAUGUCUAAAGCAGCCCUCAACAUGGCAACCAGGAACCUGUCCAUCGAGUUGGGCCGCGGUCGACCCAAGGUGGUGUGUGUGGCCUUGCACCCAGGAACAGUCGACACCGACCUCUCGCGGCCGUACCACAGGAACGUGCCGAAGGACAAGCUGUUUGGCGCCGAGCUCUCCGUGAGCCACCUGAUGGGCCUGGUGGACUCUCUGAGCAUGGAGCGCACCGGCAAGGCCUACAACUGGGACGGGACCGAGCUCCCCUGGUAGAGCCGGAGGGGGGGGGGGGGACCAGGACGUGGAUCUGAGAACAGGAGGAGUCCCCCACUUGUAUGAUAUUAAUAUUACACAAUAUAAUAGAGAACUCAAGAUCACAUAUAGAUUAUGAUCGUCUAACACAUAUGAUGUAUAAUAACAUCACAUUAUCCAAAAAUAAAGAAAGGAAUUAUUAGAGGGGCUUCAAUAACAAAAGCCUAAAAGCUUUGAAUGGUAAAAUAACAGUAUCAACAAAAUCAAACAUAGCAUUUUAAAUGGAAUAAUAAUAGAUUAUUUUAUCUAGAACUGCACAAAAGAAAAGUGUGUUUUAUAUAUAUAUUGUGUAUGUAACAACCUUGUUCUUGCAUAAAAGUUUGCCUAUUUAAUCAGACAUAUUUCACUAUAAUGUUUGCACUGGCAUUGGAACUCUUUUAUUUCCCUUACUCGUUGUACCUUUGUACCUCUUGAAUGUCACGUGUCUCUCUUCAUUCGCCUCAGCGUGUGACUGAGUUUCUCCGGUUAUGCAACGAGAGCACCGGUUAUAUUUCAUAUUAUUCUCACUUGAGGGGUUACAACAGUUCAUUUGCGUGAGAGGAAUGACUGCGAUUUAUUAAAAGUCCGUAUUUUUGUACAUGAAUGUAUUUAGAAUAAAAGGUUGAAAAGCUGCAGCACAACGCUGUAAUAU